UGAACUCCACUUCCGGUCGGCGUUUUUUUUUUUUUUUUUUUAAGAUGGCCUCACGCGCUCAGGAGGUGGCUCUGCUGGGUCUGUGUGACGGAGAGAUCGAGUCCAAGAAGCAACGAUGCUCCUAUCUGACCAACAAAGUGGGGGGUCGGCCGGACUGGCCGCCGGGCAUCGCUGCACGUUCACCGCGAUGCGGCCGCUGCAGAGUCCCGCUAGUCCACGUGGUGCAGGUGUACUGCCCCGUGGACACGUCUCCGUACCACAGGAACCUCCACCUCUUCGCGUGCCCGGGAGCUGAGUGCAGUGGUCGGUCAGAGUGCUGGGCGGUGCUCCGCUCACAGUGCCUGGAGGCAGAGGUGCGGACACCCGGGCCGCCUGCACCGGCUCAGGAGGCUCCUCUGCGGGUCACUGACUGGUGUGACACCGCUGACGACUGGGGGAUGGAGGGAGAGGAAGAUGAUGAUGGAUGGGGAGGAGGUGCGAAGCAGAACACACCUGUGAAGGAGGAGACAGGAGCUCCAGAGGCAGCAGUCGGUGAGACAGACAUCAGCAGCCGCCUUUGUGACCUCAGUCUGGGGGACUCGCGGGAGGACGUGUCCACCUUCCGUCCAUUCUUCAUCAGCGUGGUUGAGGAGACGGAUGUGUGCGGGGAGGACAGCGACCUGGAGCACGCUCAGGACCUGCUGAGGGAGUACGAGAGGCGAGAGGGCGUGGCGGUGGGAGAGUUGGAGGGAAGCGGAGGAGGCGGGGACGAGAAGUACGAGAAGACCAGAGCCCGACAUGGAGACGCCGUCUUCUCCAGGUUCAUGAAGACGAUCUCUGUGUGUCCGCAGCAGAUCCUGCGCUACUGCCGCAGCGGGAAGCCGCUCUUCAUCUCCGAGCCGCCGUCCAAUGUGGCGCAGCUGGUGCCGGCGUGUGGCUCCUGCGGCGGCUCCCGGACAUUCGAGCUGCAGCUGAUGCCCGCGCUGGUAAGCCUGCUGCAGGGGGAACGCGGCGGUGCGGGGGUGGAGCUGGAGUUUGGGACGGUGCUAGUCUACACCUGCACAGACAGCUGCUGGACAUCCGGGUCGGACUCGGCCGUGGAGGAAUUCUGCUUCGUUCAAACGGACCCGGACCAGCAGCUCUUUGUGUGACGGACUAACCUGAAGCUUGCCAUCACCAUCAUGAUGGGAUCACGGAUUAUUUAUACCCCGUCAUGAUGUCAGGAGAUCAAAAAUCUGAGGCGAGCUCGUGUUAAAAAAGGACCAACCAGCAGCUUUUGUUACUUUAAAGCGUUAAAGGUUUUGCCUUAAAAUAUAAAAAUAUAGAUGUGCCUUAAGCAGCUGUAACGCUCUGCUCAGGCCCGAUGACUAAGGCCACACGAGGGCGGGACACUGAAACAUCAGCUGCUCUUAUUGGUCCUUCAGAAUUCAUUGUGGUGAACACAGGAGCUCAAUGUCACAGCUCCAAAGACGACAUCAACAUGAGUGUUAGAAAAGAUUAAAAGUCUCUGCUGCA